GGGUCGCAUCAGGUACACGUAGUGCCAUUUCACCUUUUGCACAGCACACACACACAAAACUGAUAAAGUUAUUUAAUAGUUAGGUUUAAUAAAACCAUACGACUUUUUUUUUCUAAAUUCCAAAUGUGAAAAAUCUAUUUCCCGCCAGUUAAACGGACCCCAUAAACGGAGAGGUCCUGACGAUGACGUCGGUGAAGGUGAGUUCUAAAAAUGAAAGAGGGAAGAAAGCACAUGGACGCGAGCAGCUGAAAUCAAUAAAUCAACUGACUGAUGAUCUGAAAUAUCGGGAUCACCGUUUGGCUGUCGAUACGGAGCAGCGCGCGCUCUCUGUUAAAGGACCGCCUCGCGGGCGACGGGACACUGGCCAAUACGAUCCAAAAGUCACGGAAAUAUUUGUGCAGCGAGAGUUUCCACGCGUGAAAAUGAUCCGAGAGUGGGAAUAAUCCGAGAGAGAAACAAAGAGAGGGAGAGAGAUCACUGAUGAUGAUGAUGAUGGUGGCCUAGAAACAUCAGGAAUUCCUCGCUCCGCUCGACUGGAUCUUUAAGGUAAUGGGGGAUUUUAUGCCAAGAAAACGGGCUCGCUUUCCUCCUCCGCGCACCGCGGCUUUACUUUUGACUCGGAGGAGGAUGCAUUGAAGUCUCGCAUGCAGUCUGAGAGUCUCUGGCUCACGUGAAAAGGAACGGCUACUCUGCGCAUUAAUGCGUGUGUGCGCGAGCGCGUACGCUUACGCGUGCUCUCCCGUGACCGAUGGCACUGGAAACCGUGCGCAACGGCUAUGCGCGCACUUGUGUCACUCCCGCGGAACAGGACUGCUGGCACUCGCGCUUGGCUCUCGUGUGGAGCCGUAGGAGCCUCUCCUCGGCCGCGUGCGUCGCCUCGCUGUCCGUGCUGCUCGCGCUGCUCUCCGCGGACUGGGACGCGGAGCGCGCGUGUCACUUGGUGACGCUCGCGGAGCUCGCGUGGCAGCUGCUCUCCCCCGUCUUUACGCUCGUGUGUGCCUUCUUCUGGGUGGGCGUGUAUCUGCUCCGCUGCGGGGUGCUCAUCCGCACCGCCGUGUUCCUGCUCACCGUGUGCCAUCUGGGUGAAGCGGCGGCGCAGUCGCUGUUGGAUGCGCAGCAGUUGUACUCGUUUACCGCCACCGCGCUGGUGCUGCUCGCCUGCCUGGCCAGCGGGGCGCUCAUGGUGGUGCGUCUGGGUCAGGGCAUCUCUGUGCUCCUCUUCAUCAGCAUCAUCAGGACCGUAUCGCUGCUGUCUCUGCAGAAGGUGCGCGCCAGCUGGAGACCCUACUUGGCGUACCUGCUCGGGGUGCUGGGGGUCCUGCUGGCGAGGUAUGCGGACAGGCUGCUGCCGCCGGAGCAGGGCGCAUCACACCGGGAGGGAUCGAGCGGAGAUAUUCCGGUAUUUAAGAGGCGCAGGAGGUCCAGCUCCGUAGUCUCGUCAGACAUGGCACAGCACGGCCAGCCCAGGAGCAAAUCUCACAGGAGGACGUCGCUGCCUUGCUUGCAGAGAGACCAGAUGCUCCCACAGCAAGAAUGGGACCACAAAAGAGGCGCCCGAGGAUCUCAGCCACCCGGCCUAAUGCAAUCUUCGGGCACCAGCGUGACGGUGGACAUCGCGGUGAUGGGCGAGGCCCACGGACUGAUCUCAGAUCUGCUGGCUGACCCCUCCCUCCCGCCGAACACCUGCAGCACCCUGCGGGCCGUCAGUAACCUGCUCAGCACCCAGUUCACCUUCCAGCCGCUGCACCACCGGCCACGCCUGAGCCCUCUGCUGGCCUUCAGCGACGGACACGCCUGCUCCGACUCAGAGGAGGCGCCGGAGAAAGGAGAGAGGCUGGCCAUCCCGAAGUGUUUGAGGCGGAGUUUGCCUCCAGGGCUUUUGAGACGCAUUUCUUCCACGUGGACCACCACCACCUCAGCCACGGGCCUGCCCACCCUCGAACCCGGGCCAGUCAGACGGGACCGCAGUGCCAGCAUCAAAGCACCUCACGAUGGCCCUUCCAGCAGUUUGGUGAACAGUGAUUCAUGGAACAACUCUGUUAUGCUUAGCCUUUCCAAGAGCAGGUCCAUGUCCGCUUCAUACGCUGCCUCCUCCACCACCAACCACAUCUAUAGCAAGAGCCGAAGAGGUUACCCUUCUUCCAACAUCUCACCUCUGGCUUCGCCCUGCCACUCCCCUCCAGUCCAGGGCACUCCGCUCACCAGCCCCACCAACAAAAGUCCUUCAGUGGAGCUGCCUGACGCUGAGCUUCCACCACCACAGAGCCCCCACAAAGCCUUAACCCACAGUCAGAGCUCCCCCAGCUCCAGCACCUCACAAUGGGUGCCACCUCCACUUUGUAGCAGCUGUGGAAGACCGAACAGUAAACUGAGACACGGGGACGGAUCCAUAGACGCAGGAGACCGAACCCAACAGCCAGACGAGCCGCUGAUAAUGUCGUCAGACUAUGACAGCACCUAUGAGACCAACCACAGUGACAGCAGCAACUUUGCACAGAACGAAGACAGAGAAGGUCACAGGAAAGCCUGCGGGACGUUCCCACUGACCGCUCUCAUCCCACCGGAGGAUAAGCCCAUCUUGGCCCCGGAGCCGCUGGUGAUGGAGGGCCUGGAGCCCCUCAUGAGUCAGAUCAACAACUGGAACUUCCCCAUCUUCAGUCUGGUGGAGAAAACCAACGGCAGAUGCGGCUGCAUCCUCAGCCAGGUGUCUUACCGGUUGUUUGCGGAUACGGGACUCUUCGAGACGUUCAGGAUUCCGGUGAGGGAGUUCAUGAACUAUUUCCACGCUCUGGAGAACGGAUACAGGGACAUCCCAUAUCACAACAGGAUUCAUGCCACAGACGUCCUCCAUGCGGUUUGGUACCUCACGACCCAGCCUGUGCCUGGUUUACCUACACUGACAUCACUGAGUGACUCGGACUCUGACGGUGGACUCGCUCUCGGCCACACAAGGUACCUGAUGUCCAGGACGUAUCCUGCAGAGGAGGAGGGUCACGGCUGUCUGUCGGGCCUCAUCCCCGCUCUGGAGCUGAUGGCGCUCUACGUAGCAGCCGCCAUGCAUGACUACGACCAUCCCGGCAGGACCAACGCCUUCCUGGUGGCCACCAGCGCUCCUCAGGCCGUUCUUUAUAAUGACCGUUCGGUGCUGGAGAAUCAUCACGCUGCGUCCGCCUGGAAUCUGUUCAUGUCGCGGCCCGAGUACAACUUUCUGGCCAGUCUGGACAACAUGGACUUCAAACGCUUUCGCUUCCUGGUCAUCGAGGCCAUCCUGGCCACCGACCUCAAGAAACACUUCGACUUUCUGGCUGAAUUCAACGCUAAGGUGGGAGAUGAUGGAUGCUCGGGCAUUGAUUGGACGAACGAGAAUGAUCGUCUGUUGGUCUGUCAGAUGUGUAUUAAGUUAGCGGAUAUAAACGGUCCGUUGAAAAGCAAGGCGCUUCAUUUGCAGUGGACGGAAGGCAUCGUCAAUGAGUUUUAUGAACAGGGUGAUGAAGAGUCCAGUUUGGGCCUUCCCAUCAGCCCCUUCAUGGACCGCUCAGCACCGCAGUUGGCCAAACUGCAGGAGUCCUUCAUCACACACAUCGUGGGGCCUCUCUGCAGCUCAUACGAUUCAGCCGCUCUCAUGCCCGGCCACUGGGUCGACCCUCUGCCCAAAGAGGGCGAGGAGGCUGAGGAAGAGACAGAUGAAGAGGAGGAGGAAGACACACCGGAGGAAGACACCUCUUCCAGCUCUGAACUUUCCCAGAAACCAGCACCCAAGAAACGACGGAAAGUGUUCUGCCAGAUCACCCAGCACCUGCUGGAGAACCACGAGAUGUGGAAGAAGGUCAUCGCUGAAGAGUCCCAAAGCCAGACAGAAGGGGAGGAGUCCACAUGCCUCACUAACACCCCUGAGCCAAUCCUAGCCAUCGAUGAGGAGGAGGAGGAGCCAGGGAGCAAGGAGGAGCCUGCAGACGACCAGGAGGAGGAGGAGAGUCCUGCACCUGACGAGACACAUGAAACAGAGGAAAAAGAUGGCGAGACUGUAGAGGAAGUGGACGAGACUGCGAAGACUGUAGAAGAUGACGCGGAGCUAAUGGGAAAACGAGAGGAAGACGAGAAAGAGGAUCCGGAAUGAAUGACGUCGUCUAAAAGCGUUUCAUCGGCAAGCGAGACUUCUAAGAAAUGGUUGCCAGCACAUCACUUAGACACAACACUGUAGAUGCUUGGGGAACAUGUGCCUAAAGGAAACAGGGUGGGACGGGGUGGUUCGGGAUGAAGGGUUUGACUAACAAUGAGCAGGCGGUGAACUUUUGAGGUUUGAUGCUAAAAUUGUCCGGGACAAGGAGUUCUCCAGGGGGUUUCCUAUAUUUUCUAGACUUACGUUGGUCAGUUUUGCAAGUCCUUCUCCAGCUGCACCUUAACCUCCAAUACUGCGACAGGGGUCCCAAUGACCUGAAGUUUUGCAGGCUCAACAAGCAUUUCCGAGGAGCUCAGUGUCAAAGUCGGGGAAUGGUGUAUCCCAUCGUGGGCAGCGGACGAAAGCAAACGCUCCAGAAACUGCAUGCGUUUGUGAAAAGAUACACUAUGUGUUUGCGUGUCUGUCCUGCCAUUGCUCUUUCUUUUUCCUUUCCAGAGCAUCACUACAGCAAACGCUUGCUCCACUGUCUCAUUUCCGAAGGCGUCGAGCCCAAUGCUUGUCAUUCCCUUCCCUCACCGUUUUCCCUCGGCAUUCCACGAGCUGAGAUUUUGCGUUUCUCAGGAUCAGACUUUUUUCAGAUAACUGUACAAGGAGUCAUUGGUUUUUACAGACUUUCUUGCAGCUUUCUAAUCUUUUGGAUCUUGAUUUGUUGUUUUUUAAAACUGUAACUUCUUCAAAACGCCAAUGGCCUUUUAGCCCAAUCGUUGUUUUACCAGGUGAUUUGAUAAAUAUAUACACAAAUGCAUACGGCGUGCAAUAGUACAUCGCCUCAUCCCUAGUCAUCAAACAUUGUACCGUCCGAAACUAUAGACGCUCUUAUUCUCCCUCCUUCUGUUCUUGCAUUUAAGCUGAGUUUGAGAGCCAAGUGAACUGCUCUAGCAAGUUUGGCUGAUCAAAGGCGCAAACUGGGACGAUGGGAAGGCCUCAGGCUCCCGCAUUCCCCCGCAGUCACAUGUUUUCCCUCCGAACAAGGCUGUGGUUAUGUGGUCGUCUCACGCAGCCGCCGCUGUGGUCAGCUCCUCAGCCCAAGGGAUGAAACGACGAACGGCGUCCCUCUCACAUGAGAGCAUGUGCCGCACAUGAGCUACGCGCACCGGUCGACACGGCUGUCCGCGCUCGCCUUUGAUGUACCGAAAGAGGCAGAUUGCUUGCGACGGCGAGAUGAAACACUUCUGUGGGCUUAAUCACCUCGGGUCCGAUGUCUAAUCAGACGCCUUCAGUCGCUUUGAAGGAGA